AUGCCGUUCCACCCGGUGACGGCGGCGUUGAUGUACCGGGGCAUCUACACCGUGCCCAACCUGCUGUCGGAGCAGCGCCCGGUGGACAUCCCCGAAGAUGAGCUGGAGGAAAUCCGAGAGGCCUUCAAAGUCUUUGACCGCGAUGGCAAUGGCUUCAUCUCCAAGCAGGAGCUGGGCACAGCCAUGCGCUCCCUGGGCUACAUGCCCAACGAAGUAGAGCUGGAAGUUAUCAUCCAGCGACUGGACAUGGAUGGUGAUGGCCAAGUGGACUUUGAGGAGUUUGUGACCCUCCUGGGACCCAAGCUCUCCACCUCAGGGAUCCCAGAGAGGUUCCAUGGCACUGAUUUUGACACUGUCUUCUGGAAGUGUGACAUGCAGAAGCUGACUGUGGAUGAGCUGAAGCGGCUGCUCUACGACACCUUCUGUGAGCACCUGUCCAUGAAGGACAUCGAGAACAUUAUCAUGACGGAGGAGGAGAGCCACCUGGGCACAGCUGAGGAGUGCCCCGUGGACGUGGAGACCUGCUCCAACCAGCAGAUCCGCCAGACAUGCGUGCGCAAGAGUCUGAUCUGCGCCUUCGCCAUCGCCUUCAUCAUCAGCGUCAUGCUCAUCGCGGCCAACCAGGUGCUGCGCAGCGGCAUGAAAUAGGCACCACCUCUGGGGCACACGGUGCACGGGGGGCCCUCCACACCCACCACCGCCUGCAGGCCUCUCCUCUGCUGCACCCUGGGCCACCACCACUGCGUGCAUUUUGGGGCCUGGAGGUCCAGCGACCCCACCGCACCCCACCCCACCUGCCCUUGCAUGGAGC